UAAGAAUAGGCUUGGCAAGUGAAGGGCUACACCAUUUUCCUGCAAAGGCAGACGUCCAGCCAAUGGAUGGGCAUAGCGGAGACUCUGAAGGUAUUGUGGAGGUAGCACAUUAUGAGAGGUGAGAUAUGCAUGUGUGCAUCAUUAUAUGGUAGAUAUGAUGACAUCUGUGAGAUUUGUUGUGUGUUAACUAUAUGUGUGCGUGACAAACCAGUGGAGAAACUUGUGCAAUGGUCCGCGUGGGCGUGCUGCGCGAGAAGAGGUCGCUUUCCGUGGGUCCUUCCUCCCUUUCUCCUCCACCCCCUAUCGGCGCUCUCCAAUCCACCGCAGCCCGCCCUUUAUUAAAGUGGCGGGAACAGGCGGCGAGGAACUCUUGUCGUCGACUUUGGGCUUUGCCUCCAGCGCGGCUGCUGCUGCUGCUGCUGCGCACGAAGGACACCAAACUCUUCGUCCGGGAGCCAGAAGCUGCGGAAAGAGUCUCUUCCCUGCCCAUCUCGGCAGGGCAGUUCUCGCCGCUGGCACGGAGACGGCUCACCGAGGCUGCUAGCCCGCUUGCCCUCCUUCAUCAAGUGGCCGGCUUUUCCUCCCUCAGGGAAAAAAACAACAACAACCCACAAUGAAGUCUUCCCUUGUGCUGACAGUGCUGCUCACCUUACUAGUGGCAAAGCUACAUCGUGGUUACUGUAUUGAGUCUCUGGAGCAACAGAUGCCCAGCGGAGUCCAAACAAAGAUGAACUCAAAUCUCUAUAAGCUACCAUUAUCCUUGCUCCGACGAUUGUAUGGUGGCCAAGGGAUAUCCUAUGAGGCACUGCUCAGGCUGUCAGGCAAAGAAGAAAUCAAUCCCCAGACCCUUGCCUCUUCCCAGAAACGAGACAUGCAUGAUUUCUUUGUUGGACUGAUGGGCAAAAGGACCAUAGAGCCGGAUAAUUCCAUGGAACUCAGUAAGGAAACAUUCCCUGGCUUGAGUGACGUAAAAUAUUCACCAAAUGCAGAAUGAGGUACGCGCAGAACAGAAAAUAACCUAGAACAUAACUAUUGUGUUAGGUUUCAUGCAAGAGUGAGAACAAGCAAAAAGUCUGCAAGACUCCAACACAAAUUAGAUUUCAUCCACCAAAGCCCAGUACACUUUCAGCCAAACCAGAAACUUUGAUGUACCAUGGAGCUUUUUCAUCUCCUCCCAUGUUCUUUUCCUUAAUUAUGCUCUAAUUCCAGCCUAUAACUGAUUGUAAUGCUUUAGUGUUCACUGUUUGAAUAUUUUGACAAUUAUCCCUAGUCCUCAUGGUGCUUUCUCCCCCUGUAUACACAUGUGACUUGAAUGUUGCAGAAUCUCUUCCAUGUAAAACCAUCCUUCUGCGCAUCUUUUUGUGGCACAGAUUAAGAACACCUCAAUCUUCUAUAUUAACAGGGUUUUUACUUAUGACCUGC